UUAUAUAAAUUGCACCAACUUUAUGUCUCUUUCUUUUGAUCACAACACAGUCAAUCGAAUCACUUCUUCCCGCCAUGGUCAACUCUUCUCCUUCUUCUUCAUCAUCUUCUUCUUCCCCCACUCCGCCACCGGAAGUUCAGGUUGGCCCUGGGGGGAGUUCCGUUGGUGGAGAGUCUGAAGAGGGUUGUUCUUCUAGGAAGAAGAAAGCGGGAAGCAAUGAUCAACAGGGUGACGAAGAGGGAGUGCAAAAGAGGUUAAAGAAAGGCGAAAUGGAUUCUCCAAUAUCAGAGCCUGUUUGUUGUAUAUGUAAUAAGAAAUUUGGUUCGUGGAAGGGAGUUUUUGGACAUAUGCGAGCCCAUCCAGAAAGAGAGUGGCGUGGGGCUUUUCCGCCACCGAAAGAAAAGGCAGGGGCGAUAAAUAUUAAUCAUCAGCAAAUUUUGCAACAGCAGUUGGCUCCAACAUUAUUGUCCUUGGGUAGAGAGGCCUUGGCGAGGAUGACUAAUCAUCAUGGUAGUGGUGCUGCUAAUGCUGCUGCUCCUUCAAGAAGGGCUGGAGAUACUGAAUUGAAUAGGGAACAACAAGAACUUGCUGGCCCUUCUACUAUUAUUCAUCCAAGCCUACGCGGUUUUGAUUUGAAUCUGCCUCCUCCGCCAGAAGAAGCCAAUGAAGAUGAUCGUAAUAACUAGAGUACGUAGGAGGCUGCAUGCAACUUCGCUCUUAUCGUUAAUGAGGAAAAUUAUUGCUCUUUUUGUUUUGUUAAAAAAAUAAUUGAAAGGGCUUGUUAUAUAUUAUAUAGUUUGCCAUUUUAUACA